AAUGAAUAAAGGAAUAGUUAGUUUUAUAUUCCUAUCAUCUUUACUUUUAGUACUUUACAGCCAAAAGAACGAAAGGGAUCUAGCUGAGAAGAUCUUCUCAAAUUACGAUAGAAGAGUAAGACCUGUUCGGAAAAUAUCUACAGUUAUCCAAGUUAACUUCACUUUAUCAUUGUCCCAAAUACAACAUAUCGACGAAAAGAAUCAGCUGUUUCAUUCGUUUUCCUAUCUGACCUUGGAAUGGAAUGAUGAAUUCUUAAAGUGGAAUCCGAAAAAUUUCUCCAACCUAAAGAGAAUCGUUGUACCAGCUAAUAACGUUUGGAUUCCCGAUGUUGUCCUAUUAAAUAGUGCUAGGGAUUUAUAUAACGGUCAACACAUGAAAUAUUUUAGAUUAGAGAUUGAUCAUGAAGGGAAAAUAUCGUAUCUUCCGGCUGGAAAAAUGAUAACAACAUGCCCCUUUGAUAUGACCUAUUUUCCCUUCGAUGAACAAACGUGUCGCCUUCAAUUCGGUUGUUGGGUACCAACAUGUUCCGAAGUAAUGCUCUAUCCGGUGAAAAAAACCGUUAUGCUUGAUUCGUAUAGCGAAAAUUCCGAAUGGAAAAUUAAAAGUACUGAUGUAAAAUUUGAAAAACAAGAAUAUGGCGGGAAAAUCUAUUGUUCAAUAACAGUGAAAAUUGUUUUGAAAAGAAAGCCUCUUUACUUUGUAGGGAACGUUGUUCUUCCCUGCUCUCUACUAUCAAUGAUAUCGAUAGUGGCUUUUGGCGUUCCAGCAGAAACUGGUGAAAAGAUAUCUCUAUCGAUGACAACUCUUCUAAGCUAUUCCGUUUUCCUUCUUGUUUUAACAGAGAUGCUACCGAGAAAUUCUGAUAAUAUUCCACUUAUUAGCACCUAUAUAAUGACGGUUAUGAUUAUUACGGCGUCAUCUCUCGUUUGCUCUGUAAUAGUAGUACGAUUUCAUUAUAGAAGAACACCGAUUCCUAAAUGGAUAAGUGUGCUGGUUUUUGUUUAUCUAAGAAGAUUGGUGAGAGUUGACGCCUCGGAUAAAAUAGAACCUAGAGCCUUUGUCGAUAAGGAAGAAGAUAUGAAAAAAUCUUGGCGACUUAUCGGCAGGAUUUUAGAUAGGACGUUUGCUUGCUUCUAUUUAACUUUACUAUUUUUUGUUACCUUAGCCAGUCAACCUGAAAAGUCUCUUAUAAGAUAUUUGAUGGCAGGCUAUGAUAGAAGAGCAAGACCUGUUACAAACAGUUCAAGGACAAUUCACGUUAAUUACGAAUUAAAAUUAUCGGAAAUUCAAAAUAUAGAUGAAAGAAAUCAACGACUAAGCCUUUUUGCUUUUCACGCAAUGACUUGGACAGAUGAAUUCCUGCAAUGGAAUCCAGAUAAUUUUGGUGGGAUUAAACGAACUACAAUUCCAGCUUUAAAUAUUUGGUUACCUGAUGUAGUACAAGAAAACAGCGCAAGAGAGUUUUACAACGAACAGUUUAUGAAAUAUUUUAAAACAGAAAUCUUUUUUACUGGCGAAGUCAUUUAUACACCGGGAGGACGUUUUACAACAACGUGUCCUCUUAUUAUGCAACUCUUUCCAUUCGAUACCCAAACUUGUAAGGUACUCAUUACAUCUUGGGCAUAUACGUGCACAUUAGUAGAAUUCGAGAUUGAUCAUGGAAGCAUUGAUUUGUCAGCAUAUCAGAAUAAUUCCGAAUGGGAAUUAUUAUCAACUAAAGUUAUGAAGACUAGAAGCGAAACUGAUGGUUCAAAAUACUGUUCAGUUGAGAUAACUCUAAAUAUUAAACGGAAGCCAUUAUACUUUAUUCUUAUCAUUGUUUUACCCUGCGUUUUAUUAUCAUUUGUCUCAGUUUUCACUUUUUGCAUACCACCUGAAGUUGGCGAGAGGAUCACUCUAUCAAUGACAGUUUUGUUAAGCUACACGGUUUUCCUAUUGGUACUUAAUGACAUCCUUCCAAGAAAUUCUGAUCAUGCACCAGUAUUAGCGAUAUAUAUUAUAAUUGUAAUGGUCUUAACUGGAUUAUCCCUUAUUUGUACUAUAAUUAUCGUCAGACUCUUUUACCGAAAAGCUGAAAGUACGGAAAAGAGUAACGAUGCAUAUUAUCAACUUAAAUGGAAAAAACUGACGGAAACUCUUGAUUUAGCUUUUUUUGCAAUCUUUUCUGCCGCCAUGGUUUUAACUUGCAUAGUAAUGUUUGGCAUUGUUCCUACAACUUACAAAGAAUAA